AUGGACAAUUUGCUACCAACUGCCAAUCCAAUUAUUUAAACACCUUUUGAAUUUAUUAGACCUAAAUUUGAUUAUCCUGGAGAAAUUGCGUAUUAUAUUUUCUAAAUAGUCCCAUGCCAUUUUUUCAUAAUCUUUUCAAACCUCCCAAAAAUAUACUUAACUUCGAUUGUUGUGAUAUUAAUUUCUUCUCCAAAGAACCAACUUGCUUUAAAACUUUACAUGAAUUACAUGCUAAUUCUCCAUUAAUUUAUUAAAGAUUUAUUACUCAAACUGCUAAAACCUAAAAUUUUGCAUCCCCAUAAUAUCAUGGAACGUAAUUAUUUACAAAAGGUCCUAUUCAUUUUAAUUCAAAUUUUGAAUGUGGCAAUCUUUAUACAGUAUAUAAAGUUGCUGAUAAAAAAUAUAAUUUAAUUUUACAUAAUGACACUUAAACAAAUGGUUGCACCAGAUGGUAUUUUUUUAGUGUAAGAACACCAGAGAGAAUGAUGCUUUAAUUGAAUAUUGUCAAUUUAAGUAAAUAAGCUUCUCAAUUAAGUGUUAAUCCUUACAUUUAUACUUCUAGAACUGGAUGGUAUAGAGGUGGUGAAAAUGUUUCAUACUACAAAAAUCAAUACUAAAAAAAAUCAGAUUAUUACUAUACAUUAUCAUUUAGUUACCUAUUUGAAAAAGAUGAAACCAUUUAUUUUGCUCCUUUCCCACCCUAUGGAAUAACUAAUCUUCAAUCCUUUUUAAAACCAUUAACCAAUUAGUAUAAAUCUAUAUUUAAUAUAAAAGAACACAUCUAAAAUUAAAGGCUCUAUCCUUCAAUUCAGGUAACCAAUAUCCAAUAUUAACUAUUGGUGAUUCAAGCAAACCAUUGAUUAUAAUCAUUGCUAGAUAACAUCCAUCAUAAGUUGUUACUUCCUAUGUAGCUGAAGGAAUCAUUUCAUUCCUCAUGAGUGAUUAAAGUAAACAAUUAAGAGAUAACUUUUAUUUCAAAAUCUUACCAAUGAUGAAUCCUGAUGGCGUCAUUCAUGGAAAUACAAAAACCAAUCUCUAAGGAAUAGAUAUCAAUUAAAAAUGGAAUAAAGUUAAUAAAUAAGUUCCAAGUGCUUAACAUGUUAAAGCAAUUUUAAAAAAAACAAAUCACUUAUUUUUAGCUCUAGAUUUACAUCAAACUUACAAAAAGUAUGCUCUAAUUUCUAUCAUUUUAGAUACGGAAUUUCAUUUGUGGGAAGAUAUGAUGACAAUCCAUAAUUUAUUACAGCAUUUUCUUAAAUCUGCAAAUAUACUAAUUUAGAAUAAAGUAAAUUUGGUAAAUCCAAUAAAAUGGAAAAAACAUUACCAUUUGCUUUAGGGUAUUUUAUAAUUUAUAUUUUAGUGAAUUAUUAAAUGUGAAUUGUAUAUAUUAAGUAAGAAUUUCUGAUUAGGCAGAAAAUCUUAAAGAUUUUACUAUCACAAAUUUGAAGUAGAUUGGUGAAAAUCUAUGUUAAGCAAUUCUUUUAAUAUCAAAUAAACAAUUAUAACCUCUAUAACUGAAUUAAUGCUUAGAUAUUUCAGCUUCUGAAUCUUGCGAAUCUUGUGAUGAGACAUAACAUAUUAAAAAGAAAUUAAAUAAAAAAAAAAUGAUUACAACAAAUUUAGGGAAUGAAAAUAAUAUAUCAAUAGCAACUACUUCAAUAACUAAAAAAUCAAUAUUACCAACAAAAUUAAAACCUUUAAAACCUUUGUGCGAUUUGUCAUAAUGUAAUAGUUUAGUUUAUUUAAAGUAAAUUAAUCGUCGAAUAAGAAAAGCGUUCAAUAAUCUUAAUUCAAAACAAGAAUUCGAUCAUUUUCAACAAGGACUCCAGAGUUUCACAUUAAACAUUGA